UUGUUACUUAAGCACCCUCCCAUUUUCCUUUGUGCCUGGUCAUUUUCCUGCCUCUUUGUCCAGCUUGGAUCAGCAGAGUCCCCAAAGGCCUUAGCUCAAAAUGCACCAGGAACAUCUGCCGGAAGCAUCGGCCACCAGUGAAAAAGAGGCAGAAGUGGGUUGGUCCCAGAGAACCAGUGAUUACUACAGAGUUAGUGAUGAUUUGCCACCCCGGUUCAACCACCCUGGAUGGUUUCAGGGCUACAGAACGAGGGAGCCUCAUCCAAUGUACAGGACCACCAACCAGACCUAUGGAAGUAAAGCACCUACUGUACAUGAAAUGCCAACCUCUUUUAACAUUACCUCACAUGCAUUUUCAAAAAAUCUUGGUAAGUGUGGCCUGUAUAGGAAUAAUGGGCUCAACACCUACAUAGAGAAAAGUUACGUGACUGGCGCAGAUAACUUCAUCACCUUCUACGACAGACUCAACUUUCACCCCAGUUACAACGGCAGUGGACCAUCCCACUGUGAAUAAUGAGUCAGCCGGGAUAUCUGUUUUAUGACACCUGUUCUUUGGUUUACUAUCUACUGCCUGGUUAAUAAAAAAAGCCAAGAAAACAAUAGAACUGCCAUUUCCUUAGGAUUUCUACUUCUCUCCUAAAUCAGCACCCAAGACUCCUUUUGAAAACAUGACUGGAAACUAAUGUUGCUUCUGCACUGAGUGAUGUUAAUGUACUUCCAUCUGCCACAUUAGGUUGCAGGAUAGUUCACCACCAGAAACACAGGCAUCUAUUACCAUAAUGCAUUUUUAAGCUGCAAUGGGAAUCUUUUAUUGUAAUGUCUGACUUCAGGUUACCAUGCUGAAGAGGAGCCUAGAUCCAAUGUUAAGGUAGUUGAAAAGUUCAUGAAAACGCAAUAAAAUGAGAGCAAGGAUGAAAACUUUGCCAUGGAGAGAGUAAUAAGCAAAAUAUUGCUUUAGAGCAGGUGUGUAAAUAAUAAAAAAUCAAGAAAAA